GGGGCCAGGCGGGGCGGGGCGGGCGUGAGGAGGGAAGUUGUCGAAGUUAGGGGAGACGCCCGCCCGGGCCUCGCCUACGGCCGCUCCCUCCGCCUCCUCCCCGCCCCGAGCCCCCGGCCGCCCGUCCUUCCUUCCCCUCCCGUGCAUGAUGGAAACACCAUGGCUGCGGCAGCCCAGCUCUCCCUGACACAGUUAUCAAGUGGGAACCCUGUAUAUGAAAAAUACUAUAGACAGGUUGAUACCAGCAAUACUGGAAGAGUGUUGGCUUCUGAUGCUGCUGUUUUCCUGAAAAAAUCAGGUCUUCCAGACUUGAUACUUGGCAAGAUCUGGGAUUUAGCUGACACAGAUGGCAAAGGUAUCCUGAACAAACAAGAAUUCUUCGUUGCUUUGCGCCUUGUGGCCUGUGCCCAGAAUGGAUUGGAGGUUUCACUGAGUAGCUUGAACCUGGCUGUUCCUCCUCCAAGAUUUCAUGAUACCAGUAGUCCUUUGCUAAUCAGUGGAACCUCUGCAGCUGAGCUCCCAUGGGCUGUAAAACCUGAAGAUAAGGCCAAAUAUGAUGCAAUUUUUGAUAGUUUAAGCCCAGUCAACGGAUUUCUGUCUGGUGAUAAAGUGAAACCAGUGUUGCUCAAUUCCAAGUUACCUGUGGAUAUCCUUGGAAGAGUUUGGGAAUUGAGUGAUAUUGACCAUGAUGGAAUGCUUGACAGAGAUGAGUUUGCAGUUGCCAUGUUUUUGGUAUACUGCGCACUGGAGAAAGAACCUGUGCCAAUGACCUUGCCUGCAGCCUUGAUGCCACCUUCUAAGAGAAAAACGGUCAGUAUAUCAGGCUCUAUGCUGCUGAUCCCCUCUUCAGCAUCAGCCAAGGAAUCUUACUACUCCUUACAACCUGUAGGCAUUUUACCUACCAAAGCACCAUUAAGACAGUGGGUUGUAUCUCCUGUUGAAAAAGCUAAAUAUGAUGAAAUCUUCCUGAAAACUGAUAAGGACAUGGAUGGAUUUGUAUCUGGAUUGGAGGUCCGUGAAAUCUUUCUGAAAACAGGUUUACCUUCUACCUUACUGGCUCAUAUUUGGGCAUUAUGUGACCCAAAGAGCUGUGGGAAACUUUCAAAAGAUCAGUUUGCCUUGGCUUUUCACUUAAUCAAUCAAAAGUUAAUAAAAGGCAUUGAUCCUCCUCUCAUUCUCACUCCUGAGAUGAUUCCACCAUCAGAUAGGACGAGUUUACAAAAGAACAUCAUAGGAUCAAGUCCUGUUGCAGAUUUCUCUGCUAUUAAGGAGCUAGAUACCCUUAACAAUGAAAUAGUUGACCUACAGAGGGAAAAGAAUAAUGUGGAACAGGACCUUAAGGAGAAAGAAGAUACUAUUAAACAGAGAACAAGCGAGGUGCAGGAUCUUCAAGAUGAAGUUCAAAGGGAAAAUACUAACCUACAAAAACUACAGGCCCAGAAACAGCAAGUGCAGGAACUUCUCGAUGAACUGGACGAACAGAAAGCCCAACUGGAGGAGCAACUCAAGGAAGUCAGAAAGAAAUGUGCUGAGGAAGCCCAGCUGAUCUCAUCUCUGAAAGCUGAAUUAACUAGUCAGGAAUCACAGAUCUCUACUUAUGAAGAAGAAUUGGCCAAAGCUAGAGAAGAGCUAAGCCGCCUCCAGCAAGAAACAGCAGAACUAGAGGAGAGUGUGGAGUCAGGGAAAGCCCAGCUGGAACCCCUUCAGCAGCACCUACAAGAUUCACAACAGGAGAUCAAUGCAAUGCAAAUGAAACUAAUGGAAAUGAAAGAUCUGGAAAAUCAUAAUAAUCAAUUAAAUUGGUGCAGUAGCCCACACAGCGUUCUUGUAAAUGGCACUACGGAUUACUGCAGCCUCAGCACCAGCAGCAGUGAAACAGCCAACCUUAAUGAACACGCUGAAUGCCAGAGCAACCUGGAAUCUGAGCCCAUACAUCAGGAGUCUCCAGCAAGAAGUAGUCCUGAAAUACCACCUUCGGUUGUGACUGAUGAAAACGCAGUGGUGGCUGCAGCUGUUACUGAGAAAGUUUGUCCUGAAUUUGACAAUGAGAGGCAUUCAAAAGAGGAGGAUCCAUUUAAUGCAGAAUCAAGUUCACUGACAGAUCCAGUUGCAGAUACAAACUUAGAUUUUUUCCAGUCUGAUCCUUUUGUUGGCAGUGAUCCUUUCAAGGAUGAUCCUUUUGGAAAAAUUGAUCCAUUUGGUGGUGAUCCCUUUAGAGGUUCUGAUCCAUUUGCAUCUGACUGCUUCUUCAAGCAAUCUUCUACUGAUCCUUUUGCCACUUCAAGUACUGACCCUUUCAGUGCAGCCAGCAACAGCAGUAAUACAUCGGUAGAAACACUGAAACAUAAUGAUCCUUUUGCGCCUGGUGGAACAGUUGUGGUUGCAGCAAGUGAUUCAGCCACAGACCCCUUUGCCUCUGUUUUUGGAAAUGAAUCAUUUGGAGAUGGAUUUGCUGACUUCAGCACAUUGUCAAAGGUCAACAAUGAAGAUCCUUUUAGUUCAGCCACAUCAAACUCCGUCAGCAAUGUGGUCACUACAAAAAAUGUGUUUGAAGAAACAUCAGUCAAAAAUGAAGAUGUACCUCCAGCACUGCCACCAAAGAUCGGGACUCCAACAAGACCCUGCCCACCACCACCUGGGAAAAGAUCCAUCAACAAAUUGGAUUCUUCUGAUCCCUUUAAACUGAAUGAUCCAUUUCAGCCUUUCCCAGGCAAUGAUAGCCCCAAAGAAAAAGAACCUGAUAUGUUUUGUGAUCCAUUCACUUCUACUACCACUACCAGUAAAGAGGCUGACCCAAGCAAUUUUGCUAACUUCAGUGCUUAUCCCUCUGAAGAAGAUAUGAUUGAGUGGGCCAAGAGGGAAAGUGAGAGAGAGGAAGAGCAGAGGCUUGCCCGGCUGAAUCAACAAGAGCAAGAAGACUUAGAACUGGCUAUUGCACUCAGCAAGUCUGAGAUUUCAGAAGCAUGAAGAAUUCUCUUGUCUUUUGUCAAUAAUACUUACUCUUUUUCCUGAAUACUGAAGCUAUUUACAAUAUGUAUCAAAACUACCUAUGAGCAUGGGAAUACAAAAGGUUUGAGAUUCCUGUAAAUGUGACAGAAAAAUGUUUAGUUGUUCUUUUUUUUUUUUUAGUCUAUUUCCAAUUUGUCACAAAUAUAUAUAUUUUUCCCCACCCUAUAAAAGCAGUAACCUAGUCAGACAACUUCACCUAAGACCCUGUCUGGCAUGCAUUUACUAUAAGCUUUUGCCUGCCUGUGCUACUUUUACUUGUAAAGCUACAGCACUCAAGCUUCUGCCAUCUGGAAUAUAGAGAAAUAGUUUGACCCUGUGGUAACCUUGUUCUGUAGUUAUACUGACAGAAGCUGGGGGGGGUUCUUAAAUUUUUCAGUAUUCUCCCCUGAUUUGGUUGAGGGAGGGGAAAGGAAAGAACAUCGUAUUUCUUUUAUGAUUGGUGCAAAUUGGCUACUUUUAUGUCCUUAUGGUAAAAAUACUGCUUAAUUUGUUUUUUAAAGGCAAGGAAAAAAUGCAUAGACUGACUCUGCUAUGGAAAAAAGAGAUGCUUUAGGUUGAAUUAGUAUAGCUUCAGCCUUGAUCUUUUCCUAAAUAAAAAAUGUUAAAGCCUAAUGUGUGAAAUUUUUUUAAUUUCCCUGGAUUUAAAGAAUUAUAGAUCUCAAGAUACCUCUAUAUUUGCUAAUUAAUAAAAUCAGUUCUUACAAAGAAAAUUUGUAAGAAAAUAUUCAUUUUAAGUGCUAAACAUUGGAGAAAAUGUACCACCUAAAGUGUACCCAUCAGUAUAAGAGAAGUAAACAUCUAACAUGGCAGGCAUUCUGCCUUUGCCAUAGCACUGUCCUGUUCAGUUCAUGAUAGACUCUUUGUUUAUUUGCCGAAACUUCAGCAAGCUAGAACUGGAAGGUACUUUAGUUUUCCAUGUAUAUAUAUUUUGGUUUUCUUUAAUGAAGGCUCAAUUACUUGAAAUGUAAAAACUUUACUGAAUACAAAUGGAAAAUGACAUGUAUUAUCGUAUUGCUGUUCUGUCCAUCUUUGUGUUUUAUUUACUCUCUUCAUGAUUCAUGAUUUUUACCUAUAAAAUUAGCAGUCUAGCAAAGAGCAGUCUUGUUUUCACAAUUGAGAAGCUCUUGUGUUGAAAGUCUGUAAAACUGAUGGAGACAAGCUGAAGUUGAAUGUGAAGCAGACUGUGGAAUAAGCUGUAAAUUAUAAUCUUCCUUUUUUAACAUGAAUUACUGAAUUAGAUGAUGAAUAAAAUACUAAGAUAAAGAAAAAUGCACCUCAAAUUAAUAUACUUCACUGGAAUCACCAAGUGAAGGUGGUAUUGGUCUAGUGUAAAUCAGAGUAACUUAGUGCCUCGCCUAUGAAUAAAUUUCAGAACACCCAACUCAUUUCAUGUUGAAAUGGUGCUUUUUUUCUUUCCACAUAUAAUUGGACUGCUGCAGUUUAAAACAAACUUAAUCCACUUUCUUGUACUGCUCUUUUUGUCUAUUUUUGUAAACAGAAACGUUGCAGUAUAAAAGUCAUACUUAGAAAGCAUGGGCUGAAUCCUAGUCAUAAGGUUUUAAUUUUGAUAGACUAAUCCAGCAGCCGAAGGAUUUUCUGCAGAUAUUGAUGGCGAAGGUUGUGUUGGGAGUUGUGAUAGGUGGGUUUUUAUGUUUCUUUUUCCUUCCCCUUACUCUUCAGGAAAAAGGUAAGGUAGGUUAACAACAACCUUUUGCACUGGGAAAAUGAACAAAUGUUUGAAAUGCUUUUGAAAUUUGUUUUUAACUAAAGAAAACACCCUGGAAAAUAUUAAAUAUCUGUAACUUACAAAUGCCAACUUUCAGUGUAAUAAGUGUACCCUAAUCUUAUGUAUGUUUAACUGGAAAACAUAGAUUCUUAUCUUUUGUUAAAAUAUGUAUUCUUGGUGGACCAAUAUAAUAUUAAAGUAUAUAUAUUAUAUAAAUAUA